AUGGAAAAUAACGACCAAAAUACGAAAAUUGAAGAAAUAUACGCAUUGAUGAAAGCCAUGAUGAAGAAAUUGGAUACCCUUGAACACAUUGAGAAGAGAAUAAAAGCUGUGGAGCAAGAUGUUAAGGAUUUGAAAACCUCUCUUGAAUAUGCUCAUUUGGAAGUAGUCGACAUAAAGAAAGAAUUUGAAGAAAAUAAAGAAGUUAUACUGGAAGUCCAAACCAAAAUCCAAAAUCUAGAAGAGACAAACCGGAAAAUUCAGGAUAACAUAACAGAUCUGAAGGCCCGAUCAAUGAGGGAUAAUCUUUUAUUCUUUAAUAUAUCUGAGGAUGAAAAUGAAAACACGUCCGAAACUAUAUACGAUAUACUGGAAAACAAAAUGGGAAUCGAAGAUGCAAAAAACCGUGUCAAAAUCGACCGCUCUCACCGACUUGGCAAGCCAACACAUCCAUCCAUCCGACGCACGAAGCCCAGACCAAUUGUUGCCAAAUUCAACUUCUUUCAAGACCGCGAGUUUAUUAGAAAAUAUGCCAGAAAAUUAAAAGGAACACGUAUAGGAAUUUCAGAACAAUUUCCAGAAGAAAUUGAAGCUAUCAGAAGAACCUUAUAUCCAGAAAUGAAGAAAGCCAAGUCUGCUG